AUUCUUUGUACAGUUUAAGUAAAUACAAUGAGUAGUAAAUUGCAAAUACCGAUAGAUUCAAUCUGUGCCAUUAUUGAUCAUGUCGUUUCAAGAAUUACUGACGACACUGAUAAGAAUUACAUCUUUGAACAAGUAGAUGAUAUAUUGUUCAGUGAAGAUGCCAAAAAGAUUCAAACAACACUAGAUGAAGCUCAAUUUGAUUACAAAUUGGAAGUGGAUCAAGAAAUAUCAGAAGAAGAUAAAGCUAAAAUAAAUGAAUUUAAUGAAAGUUUAGAUCUGAAAUCAAAAGAGUUUGUUAUAUCCACAUCAUUCCAAUCUACAAUCAAUGGCAUUCUUGGAACGUAUGCCGAAAUAAAUAAUGACUUGGACAAAUCAAACUUUUACAAUAAACUAGCAAUAUUGCUAGACUUUGAAAUUGAGCUUUUCACUGAUGUCUAUACUCAUACCAAGUAUAUUUACUACAACAGUUUAUCCCAAAUACUGAAGUUUUUGGUUUCAGUGGGUACCGCAGAAAUCGAAUAUUUCUGGUCAUAUUUAGAAACUAGAGAGCUACUUUUCCAAACGAAAAUCUUUGAUAGAGGCUCUAUAGGUGAUAGAAUUGCUGUGUUGGAAAUAUGUAAUUACUUAACUGAUCGAUUGACAAGGAAAGAUUCAGCUGGGAAAAGAAAUUCCUAUAAAAAGGAUACAUUUAAUGAUAGAUUCCAAUAUCGUGUUAGAGUGUUUGUUACUAAUACGUUCGCAUUUGAAGAUAAUACUGGUUUAAACAAAUAUUUUCAUACUGCUGAUAGACAGGCCCCUGAACUUCCUUCGAGGAAUAAGUUUUUGGAGGAUAUAAUUUCUGUGAACAAAAUUUUCAAUGAUCCUUAUUAUUUUGCAAAAAAGGCCAACACAAAAGAAUUGUCUACUAUGGCAGAUCGAAUGGUUGGUAUAUGCAAAUAUUUAACGGGGGAAGAGCUUGAUUACGCGGCCAGUGUGGGUCAGACUGAUCAAUAUCAAAUUCCAGAGCCAAAAUCGGAAGAGGAGCAACAAUAUUUGAGUGAGAAAUACUCAGAUUUAUUCUAUGUUCCUGAAACUUAUUUGAUGUCAAGCUUUGGAUACAAAGAUCGCAAAGAACAUGAAAAACUUCAAGUUGAAGAUCGUGAAUUUCUUGAUAAACAAUUUGAGACUUCAAAGGUAAGACUACAAUAUCUUGUUCAAAUACUUUUCGUUGUUAGUUUUCUUAUUGAGCUAGCACCUCGUAAUAAGGCAGACUUUAUGGCUUCAUUGGGAGCUCCCACACACGUAAAACAUCUAACUGAUGAAUUUAUUUCUGAGAGCAAUAGAACCGCAUUGUGGAAAAUUAAAAGGGAUCUUUUUGCUUCGUUAAAGUCUAUAGAUGGGCAAUUGUCAUUUGUAUUGCUGCAUCUCCUUCUAUCAGAGAGAGCUUGGUGGGGUUGGUUGAUUUAUGGAAAGGACCCUAAUACCAAUAAAUCAUACUUUUACGACAGAAUAUUGGAUCAAGAAGAGCUUGAUAAAGUAGAAGAAGAUAGGACAAAGCUUUUCCCUUAUAAAAGUAAGAAAUACUUUAAUAGUUAUGUUACACCUCAAUUGACUCGAAGAAUGAGAGUUGAACGAGGCAUUGGAAGGUUGCAUUCUUUAACAAAGUUUGAUUCCGUUUUCAGUAAAGCAAAAGUUGAACAAUUGAGUGAUUCAAUCGCAGAAUGUGAGGAUAGUCCUGAGAGAAAGGAAAUGUUAGAAGAAAGGUCUAUCCUUCUUUGGAAAUGUUUGCGCAAAGAGAGAUCAAGUAAUUGGUUGAAAUUUGGAGAAAUCUUGAGACCUGAAAUGUUGCAAAGUGAGCCAGCAACUAAUGGAGAAGUUGAAAAGGAACUGGAUAGGGCCAAACGUCCCUUGGAAACUGAUGAGAGUGAUAACGUACCAAAGAGAGUAAAGACUUAGGUGUAUAGAUAGUUUCAGUAGAGCGGUAAUGAAAAAAACAUUAAUAGCAUUCAC